AUGGCAACACUCCCGCAUGAAAUGACCAUUGAAAUACUACUUCGAUUGAGUGUAAAAGAUCUUCUACGCUUCAAGUGUGUUUCAAAGCCAUGGUGCUCUUCGAUCGACGACCCAGAUUUCAUCAAACUCCACCUCUCCCAUUCGGUCAAAACCAACACCAAUCACUCCCUUAUUCUCCGUCACUGUGAGUACCACUUCUUCUCCGUCAAUUACGACUCACUCAAAACAACUCAAAGACUCAACCACCCACUCGGUGAACAAAAAACACCCAUUAAAAUAUUGGGUACUUGCAAUGGUUUGCUGGCUCUAAUAGACGACAACGGUAGAAUAUUUCUAUGGAAUCCUUCAACGAGAAAAUCCCAGGUAUUACCUUCCACUGAAAUAGAGUUUUCAUCUCCAUCGAUUUUCUUUCCCCGUUCAACUUAUUAUGGAUUUGGGUACGAUCCCAUUCCUGAUGACUACAAAUUGGUUCGAAUGGUCCAAGUACAUGGAAAAAAUAAUAGCUACCUUCAUUCGGAAGCUAAGGUUUACAGCUUGAGGAGCAAUAGUUGGAGAAGGAUUAAGGAUUUCUGCUUUUAUCUUAGUUUCUAUCGAGAAUUUGGAUUUUUGGCUGACAACGCUUUAUAUUGGAUGGUUUUAAAAACUCCCCAAUCGGGUAAUAAAAGCAUUGUUGGCUUUGAUCUGGGAACCGAGGAAUUCCGUUUCGUUGAAUUGCCGGAUUCUUGUUUAAAUAAACGUUUCUGUAUGAACAUGAAAGCCAUGGGAGGUUACCUUUGUUUGAUUGCAACUUAUACGGAAUUCAAUGAUGAUGUGGUUGAUAUAUGGAUAAUGAAGGAAUCUUGGAUUAAAUUGAUAUCAUGGAAGAAAUCCGAGUCUAUUUUAGGUUUCCCAAUUGUAAUACCUUUGGCUUUUUCAAAAAGUGGUGACAAAGUUUUAUUCAGCAUUGCUCUACACAAGUUUGUGUGGUAUGAUCUGGGAAGCAAGAGGGUUGAGAAUGUUGGGAUUAGAGGCCUUCCAAGCUCAUUUGAUGUGGACUUGUAUGUUGAGAGCCUUGUCCCCUUAAUGGUAAUGCUGUAAUGAGAUGCCCCGCAAAGGUAAAUUGUUUUUAUUUAAUUGCAUUUUUCCUAUGCUCACAUGGAUUUGUAUGGUGCAAUUUGGAUUUUCAAAUAUAUUAUUGGUUUUUAUGCUUUUAGGUAAUGUUUACAGAACUGGAUUGGUCGUUGAAUUGGUCAUACUAUUCCGUUCUCGUUUGGAAAUUGGAUAAUUUGUAAUUUGUUUUCACUUGAAUUGUGUGGUAU